ACUGUUCGACCAACAGCGCCAAGCAUUCUCACAGUCAGUCAAUGUCAUGCCGUCGCAACAGUCAUUGACUUGAAUAGAUAAGCGAGUGAUUUGAACCUGGUACUGUCAAGGGCGUCAUGAAAAUAUCGUCUUCGCUUUUUCUUGGCGUGUACGCCUUUUAUUCCGUAUGCAUUCGUUUAGUCUUCGCUGGCCGCUCAUUUCGUCUAGGGAUUCGAGAUUCCUUGAUGAUUGCCCACAGCUUUCAUCGGCAUCCUGCUUUUGGGCCUGCUGGUGGCAUGCAUGGGGCCACGUAUACUUGUGACGUGGAGUUUUCGAAGGAUACUUUGGAUCCUGACACAAAUUGGGUGAUGGAUAUCGGCAAAGCUUCAGAGCUCUUGUGCACUGUAUUAGCCAAGUACAAUUUGAAAAAUCUGGAUGAAGUUUUUCCAAACGGCCAAUUGACCACGACAGAGUUCAUGUGCAAACAAAUCCACAUGGAUCUUGUCGAUCUCAUCAGAAGGGAGUUCCAUGAUUUCCAUGGCGAAGUUUGUGUCAAGCUAUGGGAGUCCCACAAAGCUUGGGCUGCUUAUUCUGGUGUUGUCAAAAAAUGAGGGUCAUUGCUAGUUGUCCGAGAGUCGUAUUUUGCACGCUUUAUCUCAUAAUAGCUCUGUUGAGACUGGAUCGCAUGUACACCUUUUUAUUAUUCUGACUGUGAACGAUCAAACCAGCUGAGUGGUCGAUUGCGAAGUAAUGAUUGAUAUCUUAUGCUUUCAUGUGAAUGAAGAUCUAAACAUCGCGAAAUCAAGCAAAUCAAAUGUCAACUAAAUACCGUCAUAACAAUGGCAAUUUGCAUUCCUC